CGAGCCGCGGUUAAAACCAACCAAACCAAACCGGAUCCCCUCUCGUCUUCCUCCCGAAUCCCCAAGAAACGCCCCGGUUCCUCGCCGUCCUCCCCGAAAUCUUUGCGUGAGGUUUCGAUCUCGAAACCGCCCAGAGGCCCCGCGAGUGCAUGGCAGUGAGCCUCCUGGCCAAUGAUGUGUCGGACCUGUGCAUCGGCAAGCCGGCCGUGAGGUCGCUCCCGCUCUCCGCCGCCGCCGGCGACCUCACCGCCGCGCUCCGCAGGGUGGCACGUUCCGGCGCGGCAGUCUGCGUCGCGGUGACAGGACCAGCGCGCGCUGUCGUCGGCCGGGUCGGGCUCGCGGACGUGGUCUGCUUCCUCUGCGACGCGCCCGACGCCCUCGCGGGACCCGCCGCCGCGCUCGCGAAGCCGGUCUCCGCGCUCCUGCCCAAGGACGGUGCCGGUGAGGUGCGCCGCGUCGACCCCCGCGCGAGCGUCUUGGAGGCGCUUGAUGCGGUCCUGAGCGGCGCGCAGGUGCUCGCCGUGCCGCUCCGCGCUGGCGGCCGCAAGAAGCAGCUCGGCGGCGGCGGUGGCGCCGCCGCUUGCGACUUCUGCUGGCUCACGCAGGAGGACCUCGUGCGCUACUUCCUCAACUCCAUCGGCCUCUUCUACCAUGUCGCCGCCCGCUCCGUGUCCUCCCUCGGUCUCGUGCGCGCCGAUUUCCUCUCAUUGCGCCCCCACGAGGCGGCCCUGUCCGCCGUGCCCCUCAUCCGCCGCGCCGUCACCACGGAGACCGCGGUCGCCGUGGUCACCGAGGAAGGCCACCUCGUCGGCGAGAUCUCCCCGGCCCUCCUCGCGGCGUGUGACGAGACGGCGGCCGCGGCCAUCGCCACACUCUCGGUGGCCGACCUCAUGGCCUACAUCGACUAUUUCGGCUCGCCGCCGGAGCACAUCGUGCGCGCGAUCAAGGCCGGGCUGAAGGACAAGGGCCUCGACGCCAUGCUUGAGCUGAUGGAAGACGAGACGCUGUCCUCGUUCUCCCUCUCCUCCGCCUCCUCGUCCUCCGACGAGGAGACCGGCCGGGCCCAGCUGAGGCGCCCGUCGUCGGGGAGCUACGGGCGCCGGUCGGCCGAGGAGCCGGUGGUGUGCAGCACCGCGAGCUCGCUGGUGGCCGUCAUGGUGCAGGCGCUCGCGCACCGCGUGAGCUACGUGUGGGUGCUCGACGAGGACGACGACUGCCGCCUCGCCGGCAUCGUCACGUUCGCGGACGUGCUGAGGGUGUUCCGGGAACAACUGCAGUGAUCCGGCGAAUGGCGCUAUGCGGCGGCUGCGGAAAAGUUCCGAGUUUUGCAGUGAUCUGAAGAGGAUUUGAUGUUCCUCGCUUGCUUCUUGUGAAAUGAAAUGGGAUGAACAUGAACUGUUGUUAUGUGCCGAGUGCUUUUCUUUCUAAAACAUUUUUUAAGUUGAGACCCUGAAGUAUGUGUGUUUGCUUGGUGCCGAUGAGCAAUAUGAACCUUGUUAUGCUUUUUAAUUAAUUUAGUUAAUAAUAAAACAGCAUUGUGCCUGGAUGCUGUAGUA